AUGGCUGUACAUAGGAUGAUUUUAUGUGAUUUACCGAACGAGUUACUGCUGAUGGUAUUGGAGUACUUGUCAUCUUCGGCGAUUGCUACUCUAGCGCGCGUUUGUUGGCAUCUACAUGAUCUUGUCAACACGGACUCCCUGUGGUCGCGCCUCUGUCGUCAAGAGUUUGGAGUCGAGUCUCUAGUGCAGUGGAACGUUUCGUCCUUUCAAGAACUCUACUCAAGAGUUCUUUUUCCGUAUCGCUAUCUAUUGGGAGUAUGGGAAGGUGAUCUAAAAUAUUAUGGCGAGCUAAUGGAAGCAAGGGUUGAUAAUGGGAGAAUAUUAGGUCAGCUGUGGCGAGCCUCAUCGUCUCAGAAUAUUGAUCUCCCACUUUAUGCUGAGCCCUUGUUUGCAGUCGAAGUAUCUGACAAGGAAGUCAGGACAGUGUGCCUCUACAGAGAUAUGAAAGGAAAAAGAGCUACACUCAAGAAGUGUCAUAGUGGCAGCACUGAACUCUUGGAAGUGCAGUUCAAGGUAAUGUAUGAUUUUACAAAAACUAAGGUAGAUAGUGUUUCUCUUAGGUCUUGGGUGAGAGAGGAGUAUCCACCUGCAUUUGCAGACAUUUGGGAAAACCAUGGUUUCUUGCGGCAAGCUUUCACUAAUCGUUACAAGUCACUUCAGUUUAGACAGCAACUGGUUCAAUACCGACCAGUGGCAUUGCCUCCAUCACUUUCUAGUGACUUUCCUUUGAAACCAGGAAUCUAUAAGGGCACAUAUAGUAGUCAUGGCAUUGAACUCAUCCUAGUAACAAUGGAAGGCUCCAUAGUCAAGGGGCAAAAACUCACGGGAGAUCCUAAUAUACCAGCAUCAAAAGUUACAUUCCAGGGAUUGCUUCAGUGCCCGAUACCGCCUGACCAGUAUAGUUCUUGGGGUGCUGCGAUUUUUAAUCACCGGCAGAUGCUCAGUGAAAUCAGAAAUCAAGUGGAUCGAGAAGAACAGGAGCACAGCCGUAGAACCAAUGUAGAAAGCAGACAGUUGACAGUCACAAUGUUGAACAGUGUUCCAUUGCAAGAACAUCCUUUCUCUGUUUCACUUGGAUUUAGUGGUGAUCUACAGACAUACCCUAAUGUCUCUUUGGCAAGAUUUCCAAGUAGUGGCCAGGUUGCAGGUGAUGGCUAUGUGAAUCCUCAAUGGUCUCUGAAUCAAUUGGUAUUGUUUCCAAGCGGCAACUUUGCUAUUGUAUGGAUGGAACUUCGUAGUGUUUCUUUCUACUGUAAAGCACAAGAACUUUAGUACUGAUGAUAUUUGAAAUUACUUCUGAACGUCAUUCCAUUCAAUAACAUUGCAAUUUUUAAGGUUUGCAGUAUGUACAUAUGCUUGUGUUACUCCUAUCUAGGUAGCUAGUUCCGUGAUGACCGCACGUGCAGCAGUCAAUGAUGCAGUAGGGAUAUGUCCUUAGUGGCUACAGUAAUAUGAUAAAGAUCGAUCGUU